AUGGAAGAAGUAAAAAACAGUAAAGGCUUAAUGCCUACAAAGGGAAAUGGGAAGACAAUGAACUUGGACCUGUUGAAGAGGCCAAAUAGAAAGAAAACAGAUUCUCCUCCAUUUCUUCUUCAUUCUCUUUCUUAUAAGUUUCUUAUUUCCGUUAAAGACAAAAUGGCAAUUCCAGUAAUCAACUUAGAAGAGCUGAAUGGAGAGAAGAGGAGCCAAACAAUGUCAUUAUUACAUGAGGCGUGUGCAAAGUGGGGCUUCUUUUGGGUUGAAAAUCAUGGAAUUAGUGAAGAAUUGAUGGAAAAGAUCAAAACUUUAGUGAAAUUGCACUAUGAGGUGAACAUGAAAGAUAGUUUCUAUGAGUCAGACUUGGCAAAAGGAUUAGAAACUCCGAAUAAAGUUAUGGAUUUUGACUGGGAAAGCAGCAUUUUCAUUCGCCAUAAGCCUGAUACAAACACAGAAGCCAUUGUAAACCUGAAACCUGAGCCCUACAAAGCAAUGGAAGAUUACAUUGAUCAGGUAAUAAACUUAGCCGAAAAGCUGGCAGAACUAUUGAGUGAGAACCUCGGAUUAGAUAAAAAUUACCUGAAGCAGACAUUUUCAGAGCCUCACAUAGGCACAAAAGUAGCAAUUUACCCCCAAUGCCCAAAACCAGAACAGUUCAAAGGACUCCGAGCUCACACUGAUGCAGGUGGAAUCAUUGUAUUGCUCCAGGAUGAUUUCGUCUCAGGACUCGAGUUUUGGAAAGACGACGAGUGGGUGCCAAUAACUCCAACGAAAGAUAACAGGAUAUUCGUGAACCUUGGUGACCAGUUGGAAGUUGUAAGCAACGGUAUCUAUAAAAGUAUUUUGCAUAGAGUUAUUCCUAACAAGGAUGGGAGUCGUCUCUCCAUUGCGACAUUUUACAAUCCGGGCGCAAAUGCAAUAAUUUCUCCAGCACCAAAGCUCUUGUAUCCUGGACAUUAUCGUUUCCAAGAUUAUCUUAAUUAUUAUACUGACACUAAGUUUUCUGAUAAAGGAUCAAGGUUUCAGAGUAUCAAGGAGAUGUUGGUGCAGCUAUGA